AUGAGGGAAAUCGUACAUUUGCAAACAGGCCAGUGUGGUAAUCAAAUCGGAUCCAAAUUCUGGGAGGUAAUAAGUGAAGAGCAUGGAAUAAACGGCGAAGGGGCAUACGUGGGAACCAACUCAUAUCAGCUGGACAGGGCGUCUGUCUACUACAAUGAAUCAUCAAGCGGAAAGUAUGUGCCUAGAGCAGUUUUAGUGGACCUGGAGCCAGGCACAAUGGAGGUAAUCAAGGAGAGCGCGUACGGGAAGCUGUACAGACCAGACAACUUCAUCCACGGACAGUCAGGGGCAGGAAACAACUGGGCAAAGGGCCACUACACAGAAGGGGCAGAGCUAGUUGACUCUGUGAUGGACGUAAUCAGGAAAGAGGCCGAGAACUGCGACUGCCUGCAGGGAUUCCAGGUCACGCACUCGCUUGGUGGAGGAACCGGAGCAGGUAUGGGAACCCUUCUUAUCAGCAAGAUAAGAGAGGAGUAUCCCGAAAGAAUGAUGUGCACGUUCAGUGUGGUACCAUCUCCUAAGGUAAGCGACACUGUUGUUGAGCCGUACAACGCAACGCUCAGUAUUCACCAGCUGGUGGAAAACAGUGAUGAAACAUUCUGUAUUGACAAUGAGGCGCUAUACGACAUCUGCUUCAACACUCUGAAGCUCUCAAACCCUGGGUACAGCGACCUAAACAGGUUGGUGUCUGUGGUGAUGAGCGGAAUUACAACAACACUUCGAUUCCCAGGGCAACUCAACGCUGAUCUAAGAAAGCUUGCUGUUAACAUGAUCCCAUUCCCAAGGCUGCACUUCUUCAUGGUAGGAUUUGCGCCUCUGACUGCACAGGGCUCUACCGCAUACAGAGCCGUCUCAGUUUCCGACCUGACCCAGCAGAUGUUCAGCCCAAAGAACAUGAUGGCAGCUUGCGACCCCACAAAGGGAAGAUACUUGACAGUUGCUGCAAUGUUCAGAGGAAAAAUGUCGAUGAAAGAUGUUGACGAGCAGAUGCUCAGUAUACAGAGAAAGAACUUCGCAAACUUUGUGGAGUGGAUUCCUCACAAUGUAAAAACCUCUGUGUGUGAUAUUUCUCCCACCGGCCUUGACAUGUCAUCAACCUUCAUUGGUAACAGCACAGCAAUUCAGGAGCUGUUCAAGCGAAUCAGUGACCAGUUCAGUCUUAUGUUCCGAAAGAAGGCUUUCCUUCACUGGUACACAGGAGAAGGUAUGGAUGAAAUGGAGUUUACUGAGGCUGAGUCAAAUAUGAACGAUUUAUACAGUGAGUACCAGCAGUAUCAGGAUGCAACUGUAGAUGAAGAGGACUAUGGUGUUCACGCAUAG